AAAACAUCUCACCAUGUUCUCGUUUGCAAAGAAGCUUGUUGACAGGUUUGAGGGCCAUGAAGGGCCACAAGACCUGUACUUCAAGAAUUUGCUCGAUAUAAACAAUCGGGGGUACGCUCUACGUGUGCUUGCUGUGACUCCCCAGUCACCCGCCAACGUCGCCGGCCUUGAGGCUUGGUUCGACUACAUUACAGGUAUCAAUGGCCACACCUUGCCUAUGGCUUUCCCGUCCCUAGGAGACCACUCCUACAGCAUCAACAAUGACGGCACCAUCAACUACGGUGGUUCCACGACGGCUGAACACGCUGGUGCCGUCAACUUCGAUUUGAUCCACCAGGAGCUUGUUAACGUCUGUCGCAACCCGAACACCAACAAAGAGGUGGUGCUUGAUGUAUGGAGUGCCAAGGGCGGUGUGUUACGGCAAGUGAGAGUACCAUUGAGCCAGGAAAAUCUUCAAGAGUCGACUGAAAAUACCAGAAAGCUCAUCCCAGACCCCUUCCAAGCCAUCGGCUUAACUCUCCAGUCCCAGCAUAUCAACACUGCUACGUACGUGUGGAGAAUCCUCGCCACCCACGUCAACUCUCCCGCUUUCCAGGCCCAGCUCGUGCCCUACUCGGACUAUAUCAUUGGCUGUGAUUCAGCAUUUCCCGAUGAUGCCUACGGAAAGGGCCUUUUGGCACAGGGCGGCGAGGCCCUCCUUUCACAGACAGUGCUGCGGUACUACAACUUCAACAGCGAGCGCUCGCACGAAGACUUUGUGCCCAUCACCUUGUAUGUCUACAACCACGAUUAUGAUGUUUUGAGACCCGUCACCGUAAACCUCACGCGGACGUGGGGAGAUGGAUCCAACAAGGGUCUCUUGGGGUGUGAUGUUGGGUACGGGUUGUUGCAUCGUAUUCCCGAGGUGGUGGGAAAGUUCGAUAGUGAAAAACUCACAGACGAUGUUUUGUACGAGAGCAAAGAUGUUGAGUUUCAGCUUCCGCCACCUGGAAGCGACACCUUCACACCAGCGGCAGAUGCAUUUACUCUUGCUGCUCCGUUGGCCCCACCAAAACCAGGAAAGAAAAAGAAGCACACUCGUCCAGUAGCCGAUUUGAACGAGUACAUGAACGAAGAAUUGCAAAAGUCGAAAGAAGCAGAUACGCUGACAGUGAAACCGGUUGAAGGCUCGGUUGCCCCACCUCCUAAAUCCAGUUCAUAGUGUUUAGUUGAUUAAAAAAAUUCGUUGCCCACU